AUGAAGGCCAGCAACGACGAAGUCCACAUGCUCGUCCUCGAGACGGACGAACCUCAUCCAGAAACCCGAGACCGGAAAGGCAGCUUCGGCGACAUAUUUCACAAUCUCUUCAACGAGGCCGGCCACACGCACGACCCACCCCUCAAGAUCACCACCUCGAUGCACUACGUCGUCGACGACCCCGCCAACAACCAUCACGGCCACGUGCCCAAACUCAGCGACAUCCCCGUCUCGACGCGCGCCAUCCUGCUCACGGGUUCCAUGUACGACGCCCACAGCUCCGAGCCGUGGGUGCUCCAGCUGCUGGACCUCCUCACCCAGCUCUGGCAGAGCCGGCCGGCCAUGAAGUUCAGCGGCGUCUGCUUCGGGCACCAGCUGCUGUCGCGCAUGCUGGGCGCGCGCGUCGAGCCGCACCCGUCUGGGAAGUGGGAGCUCGCGCACACGGCCAUGGAGCUCGCGCCCGUGGGCCGGAAGCUGUUCCGGACGGACAAGCCGCGGCUCGCGCUGCAUCAGAUGCAUCAGGACCAGGUCACCAGCGUGCCCACGCCGGAGCGCAGUGCCGGCCUGCUGUCGCCUGAUCAGAAGGUUCACGUGUGGGCGAGCUCGGGGCAUACCGAGGUGCAGGGCUUGUAUAUGAGGGAGCGGCUGUUCACGAGCCAGGGCCACCUGGGCUUCGAUGAAGAGAUGGUGCGCCGGCAGAUCGACAUGCGGGUGGAGAGUGGUGGGAUUGGUGAUGCCAAGGCCGCGGAAGAAGGGAAGGAGGCGGCGCAUCUGAAGCACGAUGGCCUGGUGGUCGCGGCCGCGAUCGUGAGGUUCUUUCACGGCGAUGAUGUGGAUGUCGAGUGA